AUAACCAGCUACAUUACUUCUUUCUCUUUUAAUAUUUUGAGAAUAGUGAUGCUAGGCGAUUAUAUGAUGAUAACGAAAUUGGUUUACUGUUUCUGUCUCUUUCCACAUUUUAUACAGUCUGAAACUAAAGUCAGUACAGCUUGUUUGGGGUUUCCAGGUAUAGGAUGUACUGACCAUGCACUCAGCUGUACAGCAUCAACAGUUAUAUCAAUAACUAAUAUAACGUUUGGAUAUAGACGAGGAUGUAGUAUUAGUGGUGUAUCUAGCUGUCGUGAUAAAACAUGUUGUAGAGAACAGACUGGAGAUUGUUUUACACCUUACAAUCAAAUUCUUCUAUCAGUAUUGCAACAAGCCUGUAAUAGUAGAUCCAGUUGUACUCUUAAUAGAAAUAAUGGCUUGAAUGAAAGAUCUCCAUCUUGUUUUAAUGGUAUUUCUGCAUUUCAUUCUUACAGCAAGAUAGAAUAUCAGUGCAGUGCCAUAGGUACAGAAACAGUGCCUGUUGAUGGAGUUAAAGAACUAGCUAUUGUUAGCGGGUUCUUGGGAGCGGUUAUAGUCAUCUGUCUUGUCACCAUUGCUAUAUUAUUAGUAUUCUUUAACGGGAGGUUGUCUAAACUGAAUUCAAAGUCGCGCCAAAAUGAUCACAAAUAUGACCCAGCAAUAACCAGAUCUAGAGACGAAUCACCAGCUGUGUACAAUUCUUUAAACACCCGACAACAGAAUGGUGGUCAACAACAGAAUAAUACAAAUGGACAAACACGCAGUUCAAACAACAGUCAACAUACAACUAUAGACGGUGGAGAUGUACAAAUCAACCAGAACAACCAGCAUUACGAACACCAAUAUGACGCGGCGCCAGUAGGGAUCGAAGAUCAAACAAAUGUUGUUUAUGAUCCUUUAAAUACACGAGAACAAAUUGGUUUUUAUAAUAUGGGUAACAUCAGCACGGUUAGCACUUGAAUAAAACCGUUCAGUGAUGGUUGGGGUGGUAGUAUAUUCCCCAUCAUGGAUAAAUGAUGAUUCUAUAGGCACUUGAUUCUAUACCUACUGAACACAACAA